AUGAGGUGGCAUGAAUCAGGUGUCCCACGUGUCAAAACCCCACAGGAUAAGAAAGAGCAAAAAGGACGAAUUAACAAAGGCUGGCUGACAAAUGCUAAAGAGCUGCAACAAAGGGGAGCCUCCUCAGGAUUUUCGCGCCCUAAUCGCCCGACGCAAUUCGGAAUUGGUGGGGCGUUGCCGCCGAAGAACGCUUUGGGUGAAGAGAAAAACAAUCGAUCUCAGCUUCUUCAACACCAGGUAAUGCAGAGGGAUUAUAAACUAAGUUCUUAUUCACUCAAUUCUGUGUCAGCACACUUUCUUAACGACCAGCAACGAGCUUAUUCAAGAAGGUUCUCAAUACUCAGCAACAUCUCCAGCUUCAAUUACAAUGCACGGACUAUUCAAAAAUUCAGUCGCCCGAACACGUACAAAACGGGGAAAACAAGAGCAAAUCAUACUAUUGUUUCUCCUAAUUGUAACUUAUUAUAA